GUCUGUGUUUACUGACCCAGCAGGCCAGGGAUGGUUUCAGUCAUUUUUCUACAUACUUGUUUCCAGAAAGUGCUGAUGGUUAUCCUGCUGCUUGUGGUAUUGAGCUUCUAAACCGUACAGCAUAUGUUGUAAUAAUGUCGCAGAGGCUGGAACUGCCCCCGCUGUGUUUGACACCCGCUCCUGAGUUGCUUGGAGAGGUUCUCAGAGAGAACUAUGCACCGUUUCCUUACAUGGCUUCUAUUAGCAAAAUGAAGAGGCUCCCUUCCGGGCACUACCUGUGCAUGGAAAAUUUUGAAGAUGUUCUAGAGAGAAGACAGGCUGCUAAUGCCAAGGAAAGAGAGCGGAUUAGAAAUAUAAACAGCGGGUUUUCAAAGCUUAAAAGCAUUGUGCCACUAAUUCCCAAGGACAGGAAGCCGAGCAAAGUGGACACAUUGAAAGCUGCUACUGAAUAUAUCCGACUUUUACACGACAUCUUAGAAGAGACAGGAGGGUUUGAGAAAGUGGAAAAUGUCCCUGAUGUAGAUACUCCUGAAAUAUACAAUGGACAAAUCUCCAUGGUGCCAGAAUUUAUGGGGUCUGUACCUACUGAAUUUCACCUCAGGCCUGUGGGAAACAUGCAGGGCAACAUCCCAUUCAUGCUUAAACCUGAAGAGCCUGUCUGUUUAUGGAGGUCUGGUGGCGUGCUCCCUGGUUAUCUAGGCAUCAUACAGAUCCACAAAGCAGGCCGAUUGGUGCUUAACAACAAUCACUCAAUGUGACCUGUCUGCUUUCUGUUCCUGUUGGUGCGUUGAAAGGAUGUGUGAAAAUGAAGAUUUAUUAUUUAUUUAUAU